AUGAGAAGGUCUGUGUGUGAGUUCUUUUAUGAACUUUAUGCCAAGACAAUAGUUCUUGUAACAUACAUGCUAGUAGAACUUAUCCUUAUCAUUCGCUACCUUAAGUCAGAUACACCUCCGAUAUCAACCACUCAAUACCUCAGUUUCAUCGAAGAGAAGAACCCCACAAUUCGGUGCACCACAAGACUCAAGGCAGAGCACAUAGACUGCAGAGUGUGCCUCUCUGAAUUCCAGGAAGGGGAGAAGGUGAGGAACCUCAACUGCAGACACACUUUUCACAAGGAUUGCUUGGACCAGUGGUUGCAGCAAUACUGUGCUACUUGCCCACUUUGCAGGCACAAGGUCUUGCCAGAUCAUGUUGUGGCCAACUACAACCUCCUUCAAAAUCAGGUACAAGAAGAAGAAGAAGAAGAGUAUGAUGGCAAUGAUCACCAACUCAUCUUUUUGUUAUCUGCAUUAAGGGGUGGUAACACUUGGCACACAUAUCUUUGA